CAUUUUUGGGUAUAAAAGAAAACAACUAUUGGAUUUUUUUCUUAAAGAAAGGCUACAGUAAUAAGGAAAUAUUUAUUUCAAGGGGAAGGCGAAUAGAAGAGGAGGAUGAAACUAACCUCCUCUAUUCUAUUCUGAUUUUGCCUCCUCUCAGUUUUUUGUUGUUGUUGCUAGAUUUGGUACUUGGGUUUCCUUUGAUUAGUCGGUCAUUUUUUGCUGAAUCUGGUUUUCAGUUUUUUUUAAUCUGUUGCUUAAAUUUUCCAAAACUUUUGCAGCUGUAUUGAUUGAUCAACCAUCUGGGUUUUUUCCUUUUCAUUUCUUAAUUUUAGGUGAAGUUAAUUUCUGGGUUGGUGGGUAGAUUGAUCGUGGAAAGAUCUGUUUGUUUCUAAAUUUUGAACCAGAGAGAAAAAAAGAUUGGUUUUGUAUCGGAUUAUUCUUGUUAAAGAAAAGUGUAGAGGAAAGAUGCUUGAGAAUGGAAAGCUAUUUAUUGGUGGGAUAUCUUGGGACACGAAUGAAGAUCGUCUCAAGGAGUAUUUCAGUAGUUUCGGUGAAGUGGUAGAAGCGGUGAUCAUGAAGGAUCGGAUGACAGGGCGUUCUCGUGGUUUUGGUUUCAUUGUUUUUGCAGACCCGGUUGUUGCUGAGAGAGUCAUCAAGGACAAACACAACAUUGAUGGCAGGAUGGUUGAGGCAAAAAAGGCAGUUCCUAGGGAUGAUCAGAACAUUACGAGUAGAAGCACUAGUAGCAUCCAUGGUUCACCUGGUCCAGGCAGCACAAGAAAGAUUUUUGUAGGAGGUUUAGCAUCUACAGUCACAGAGAGUGAUUUUAAGAAGUAUUUUGAUCAGUUUGGGAAUAUCACAGAUGUUGUAGUGAUGUAUGAUCACAACACUCAAAGGACUAGGGGUUUCGGAUUCAUCACUUAUGAUUCGGAAGAGGCAGUGGACAGGGUGUUGCUAAAGAAUUUUCAUGAACUGAACGGUAAAAUGGUUGAGGUUAAACGAGCAGUUCCCAAAGAGUUAUCUCCUAGUCGCAAUCAUAGCCUCCUUUGUGGAUAUAACAAUGAUGUGAAUAGGAUCAACAGCUUCCUUAAUGGCUACACUCAGGGAUAUGGUCCAAGCAAUGUUGGAGGUUAUGGACUUGGGAUGGAUGCGAUAUUGAGUCCAGUUACUGGUGGUCAAAGUGGGUUUCCUUCUUUUGGUUCUGGUUAUGGAAUGGGCAUGAACAUUGAGCCCAGGUUAAAACCAACUUUCGGCAAUAGUGCACAUUUUAGUAGUAAUAUGAGCAAUGGACAAGGAUUGAGCCCUUACUAUGUUAGUAAUACAAAUAGAUUUGGUAGUAAUCCUAUGGGGUAUGAUGGAACUAGUGGAGGUAAUACUUCCUUUUUCAGCUCAGUGACCCGGAACCUUUGGGGAAACGGGGGACUCAACUACAACACAAAAGCUUCUGGUUCCAGUGCAUAUAUGGGAUCUGGAAGUGGGAGUAUUGGUGGAAGUGACUCUGGAAACAAUGGAAUAAAUUGGGGUUCUACAAUUUCCAGUCGAGAUGAGAGGAGUAAUGUUUCUAGUGAUUGUGUGAAAUAUGGCUAUGGAAGCGAUGAUAACAGCUUUGGUUUGGGGACAACAGGGUAUGGAAGAAACUGCCUGACCAAUUUGGCACAUACAGCAUCAUAUCUAGCAUCAAAUGGUGGUUAUGAUGAAACCUUUGCAGACCUUUAUGGUGGUGCUUCAGUUCAUGGGGAUACCGCUAGGCAAUCAUCAACAUCCGAGCCAGGUGUUUCUGGUUCCUUUGGCUAUGGACUUGGUAGUGCCACUUCUGAUGUUUUCGGUAAAAGUUCUCCUGGUUAUGUUAGCGGUUAUAGUGUUAAUAAUAAGAGACAAGAAAAUAUAGGAACUGCUACCUAGAAAAAUUGUUUUGGCCAUCAUGACAUGGCAGGCAAAGACAAUCUUACGAUGCAGGUGGUCUGUGAAUUCUGCACACCUCCAGUCUCGGAUAAUCUAAGAGCAAACUGGAGUGCCUGUUUUGGAGAAUUAAACUUAGAGUUAGAGAUGGCAAGGGAUUUUGUGGUAACUGGUAAGUGCCUAAGGCUUCAGUUUUGAGAUACCUUUUUAGGGGUUAUUGAUUCGAAUGAGACGUAAACUGAGAUCACGGGAUACACUCGUAAGUUUCAUGCAUCUCGUGGGAGUGGCCAUACAUCAUGGAUAUGGAGUUUAUGAUCUAUACUGAUUGCUCAGGCAAAGUUAUGAGGUAUUGUCUGGAAUGUAUUCUUUGUAAUUCGUCCCGUUAUUUGGGUUUGUGUUUCAGCCAGAUUGUAUCUGAGGUUCUGGUUGAUUUUUAUUAGUGUGACAAUACUGAUCUUGGCCUCUCUGAAUAUUCUUUGUGAUAAAAUGGACUAUUUGUAUUGAUUUUUUUA